CACGCUUACCAAACUCAUUGUUAGUUCAUUGAACAAAUUUCGGAUUAGUGUUAAUUAUCUAAUACAAAUUGAAUAUACUAGUAUGCAGUUCUCUUAAACCCCGUAUCUUUCUGCAGCUUACUUUUAUGAGACUAACAUGGAAAUUUUAUCCCCUAACCUGGAUAAAAGUUGCAAACCCGGAAAAAUCAUCAGAAAAACAAAAAAAAUGACAAAACCCGGAAAAAGGACGGUGAAUUCAAUGUUCGAAUUCUGCCGCUUUUGUAGAGUAUCUCUCUUUUUUGAACCCGAUCAUUUUCCUAGUUUUUUCCAGUAUUGCCUUUUCGGACAUCCUUCUCUCGGGAAUAGGAUUAUGCUUCAUAGCAAGUUUGGACGACGAUGCUGUAUAGAUUCUACUUUCUAUAGACACCACAUACAUAUGCUGAAACCGUUUAAAUCUUUCAAACUUCUAUCGUCAAAGAUGUAUUUGGUGUCUAUAGAAACUACAAUCUAUUCCCUUGAGCAUGCGCUAAGCCAAAUAAAGUGGUUUAAACUUUAUACAUGUAUGGGGGCUUUAACACAAAACUCCAUCUUAUCACCUACGGUAAAGUGGUUAGGAUACGUAGUUUCAUGGGUGUUUGACUUUGGUAUCGAUCGAACUCGUUUCCAGUUUUUGUUUUUCUAUUACCAUAUUCUGCAGGCUUUGUAUAAAAAACCUCCUACCCACGUACCCUCGUACCCACGUACGUGGGUCCUGACCCAGUCUUUAAAGAGUUAAAUCUUUAACAUUUUUUAAACAUUAUUCUAUCUCAAUGUAUG